CACGUGCCACUGUUUCAUUGACAUUUAAAACCUGGCCUGUGCCACUGACCCAUGAGAAGACAACCUUGCUAGCACCGACACAGGAAGGUGGAGAAUGGACCAAGUCAAAUACACGGGAGAGCUGAUGGACACCGAGGGCACGGGCUCGAGACGUUUGACCAAGGAAACGGUGAAAAAGCUGAUCCACUGCUCUCAGGAGGCAAAGAAGCAUGCGUACUGCCCUUACAGCAAAUUCAGAGUGGGAGCAGCUCUCUUGACUGUUGACAACUGCUUGUUUACAGGAUGCAACGUGGAGAACGCAUGUUACAACCUGGGAGUAUGUGCUGAGAGGAAUGCCAUUUCAAAAGCAGUGUCUGAAGGCUACACAGCAUUCAAGGCCAUCGCAAUUGCCAGUGACCUGAGUGACCAAUUCAUCUCUCCGUGCGGUGGCUGCAGGCAGUUCAUGAGAGAGUUCGGGUCCAGCUGGGAUGUUUACCUGUCAAAACCUGACGGGUCGUACACGAAGAUGAGCGUCAACCAGCUGCUGCCGGUCUCAUUCGGGCCCGAAGACCUGGACAUGAAAAAAGUACUGGACAUGUCCAAUGAGUACUGAAACCGCACGUUACUGUCACUUUCAACUGUUGGCAGGUUGGAAUUAUGCCGUAUUGGCCUGUCAACACGACACUGCAAUUGCUGGAUCGGUUCUUGUAUUUUAUUGUAGCUGAUGUAUAUAUGGUAAAAGGUAUGCUCUGUUAAUUGCUUAUCAGAAGUUGUUUCGCAGGUAAUGAUACUGGUUCAUUGAAUGUGAUAAUUAGUCUUGUAUUAAUAAGCACACUGAAUCAUGUAUAUUCCAAAAAACAUUUAUUAGUUGAAUGGGAAUAAAAUGAUACUUUCAUAAAUAAACUUUUCAAACAAA